AUGGCGGGAGGAGUAUCAAGAGAAGGAAGUCACAGACGAGAGCUCCCAAAACGAGACCGAUAUGGUUCAGUAGAGGAAGAAGUCGACACUGCUGCGUUUGUAGCAGUUUAUUUGGCGUUCAGGUUCUUUUUGGGAUGGUUUUAUGAUUUAUCUUUCUGUUUCACCGUGAUGACUGAUGUUGGCUUUUCUGAUUUGAUGGAAGAAGCUCAGUUUCUUGCUGAGUUUAAAGGCUGGUUGGUUGUUUUGUUGAUGAUUGUUGUUGUGCGUAAAGAGACCUGUGCAAACAGCAAUGUACAGAAGGAGUUUCGGAGGGAUGGUUUCGUUGCACUAGAAGGAGUCCUGUUUUCAUUUUUCUCUCAGUCAAACUUAUUUUUAAGAUUACUGAGAAGAAAUAGGAGUUUGCUUAUUGGUGGGACAGAGAUGGGCAGAACAUUUUUGUUGGUUCCGAGCGUCAUAUUGUUUUAUGAGACUAGUAUCACUUUUCACAUUGCAGGUCUUUAUGUGAGUAGGAAUACUUAUAUUCGUGCUGGAGUUGCCGAGUGGAAGGUUACAAAUCCAGUUCACAUAGUCUGCUACUUCCGAUAUAUGAGAUUUUUUCCUUCUGGCAGAUUUCUAUACAAGAACUCUUCUCAAAAAAUAAAGGAUGCAGCAAAAUGCAUGAAUUUCCGUGCAUCUAAAACAGACUGUGUGUUUGGUGGCCAUUACACUUUGUCAGAUGACAAGGUUGAAGCUGCUGUCUUGUACCCUGGCAUGCGUCCUACUGUGCUGAGAAUUCGUUUAAGAUUACGAGGAACGAUAGCAGGGGCUAACAAUCGAAUGGAUUUACUUUCACUUGUUACAAGUGGCGUGAAUGAAAAGGAAGCCAGUGGUCCUGAAGAGGACAUCCUUGGAGUUGUCGAAGGGUGGCAGGAUGAUGAAACUCACAACCCAGAUGUGCCUGCAGUGUCCCACAGAAGGGGUCUAACACCAUUUGUCUUUGUCCCAUUCGAACAGGUGGAAACAUCUGUUUUAAAUCUGCCGGUGGACAAGAUGGAUUAUUAUGUGCCUGGCUGAGACUCCCAGCAACCGAGUAUUUAAUUCUGUAAAUAUACCAUAUAUCCUACAAGCAAGUAGUUGGCAUUGAUUGUAUUCCUUUAUUUCAUGAAUACAUCUGUGUUCAUGGGAUUAUAAUUUGUUUUCAGUUCAUGCCAUGGAUCAUAGAUUCAUUAUGCAGGGAUCUGGGUGCCCCCUCUUGUUUGUCUCUGGCAUUUAUCCAUGUUAUGCAAUGUAAUUUAUUCUAAUGUGAUUUGUAAUUGUCGCAAAUUAGACUGUCAUGUUAUAGUGGAGUGCUGCCAUUUGUAAUAUAUACACCAAGUUAUAUUUGUUAUUGAAAGGGAAGUUAUUAGCUAUAA